ACUCUAGCGACCCAAUUCUAGUCUGCUAGUUUAAGCUCGACGACGUGAUACCCCCAUACCAAUCAAUAUCCUGAUACCCCCAUUCGAGACCCCCCUAACGCGCUUCCUGCUCUUUCUAUUCAUUUUCUUCCCCCUUUUCCUCCACGAACAAUACGAAUUAAUUCUCUCCCCAGAAGAUCAUCACAAUCAUUGGCAACUAUGGCUUCGGCUGCAGUAAACAGACCAACCGAUCUCAAGCUGAAGGAGGCCGAUGUGAACAGGAAACUCCAAAUCUAUGGCAUCAUCAGUGCCUUCCAACAGGGCAAAGUUCCUUCUAACGAGCAAAUCGAUAUCGCUCUGAACAGCUUCCUCGCCUCCAAGGCACUCUCCAAUCCUUCGCCAAAGCUGUCCUCCGAGGGCAAGGCUCUGGUGGCAGAUGUCCGCGAUGUGGUUAAUCAGGCCAAGAACCUCCUCCUGUCCAAGAACGAGGGCAACCUGUUGCAGGACUUCAUUUGGCAGACCACGAAGUUCGACCCGACUGCCGUGAGCACCCCCAAUGCUCCCAUCGACAAAGACACCGCCAAGCAGCAUGGCAACAAGGCCCUGGAGGGCAUGCGAACCCUCGGAACCCUGAUUAUCACAAACGGACAAUUCCGAAAGCUCUUGAGCGAUGCUACCGUUCUGAUCCGAGACAUUGCGGGUGAUGCUGCUACCAACGCUGCCGGCAAGGUGCGACCGGACGAGGAUAGGUUGGCUCAGAUCGACCGCCCUGCCGAAGACAACACUUGGCAUGAGACUCCCGAUUUCAGCAAGGCCAAUCUGAAGAAGCAGGCUCAAGGUGUCUACAAGGGCAACGAUCCCCACUCUGAUGCUAAUGCCAUCGCUGGGGAGGGCUACGGUGCGGCCAAGACCGAUUCUGGCGUGAAUGUCAACGCCGGUAUUGAUGCUGCCACCAAGACCGCUGAGCAACGCACCGGCUUGUCGUCUGAGGAUACGGCAGAGGCCAAGGAAGCCGCGCGGCAGCGCACCGCAGAGUACAGGGCCAAGACUCAGGAGUAUCUCAAGAAGAAGAUGCCUCAGGAGCGUCGCGAACAGACAAUCUGGCGCCUUAAGAAAAUGGUUAUUGAAUGCCAGCAACACCCCGACUACAACGAGGCCAUUUCCACGCUGCUGGAUCUUGCUGAGCAAUACGGCAGCCAUGGCAAGCAGCUCACUACUGGGGGGACAGGUACCGUCAAGGAUGCUAGAUCCUCCCUGGCCCAGGCUGAAGCUGACCUCAAGACCCUCAUCGAGCGCUUCGCCAACGGCACCAGCAGCGACGAUCUCUGGGACUCGGUCAAUCAGAUUUACGUCGAUGCCCAGAAUGAUCCUGAGUUAAAGGACUGGUUCAAGGCUAUGGACAGGUACGUCCGCCGUUGCCUACAGGAGCAGGGCUACAUUCUGGAGCCGGCCUCGACCCAGGACUGGAACAGAUUGUACGAUCACGGAAACUACUUGCUUCGACAGAAGUACCGGGCCCACACCGACCGCAUCGUGGACGAGAUUAAGUUUCUCGCAAACCAAUUCGACGAGGAUGCCCAGAACAAACACUUCGCCCAGUCCGUCAACAAGCUCUUCCUCGAUCUUGGAAAUGAUGAGAACGGCAAGCCGGCGUUCAAGCCCCACCUGCUCAAGGACCUCACUGAAGUCAUCAUUCCCUUGACCUUUGAGAAGAUAGCGUACAUCCCAAUCCCUCGCAUCGAGUAUUCUGACCCCCAGGUUGAUGCUGUCAUCGAGAACCUCGUCCUGGAGAGUGAUAACUUCAUGCCCAACCUGCUUGAGAUUCACAACGAGAACCACAUGAGGUUUGGUCGCAAGAAGAUCAGUGGCCACCAGCAACAUGCCAUCGAGGCCAAGGUUUCGGGCAUCCAGAUGGAUCUGCGGGAUGUCUCUCUCUACCUCAAGAAGAAGCAGGGCUUCCCCUCCAUUACCGACACCAUUAUUGCGGAUAUCAUCUUGGCCGGCGAGGGCUUCAGCUUCACCAUGAAGAUGUCGACGGCCGGGAAGAAGGAUACCAACAACUUCUUCAAGGUUGACAAGGUUGAUGUUACCCUGAACGACAUGAAAAUCAAGAUCAAGAAGUCGAAGCACAAGCUGCUCUUCAACCUGGCCAAGCCCAUCGCCCUCAAGGCCAUGCGCCCUGCCAUCCAGAAGGCCGCCGAGAAGGCUAUCAAGGACAACUUCAAUAAGGCAGACGGCUUCCUGCGCCAGGUGCAGCUCGAGGCGCAGCGUGCCCUCGAGGAGGCCAAGAACGACCCAGAGAACGCCCCUAACGUCUACAAGCGUUACACUGAGGCGUUCCAGAAGCAGCUGCUCCAGGGCAAGGAGAAGGCCAAGCAGGCCCAGCAGAAGCUGGAUGACAAGAAGGUCAAUGUGGCCAUCACCAAGGAGGACAGCAUCUUCCCCAAUGUCCACCUGCCUGGUGGAAUCAGCUCCAAGGCUACUGAGUACAAGGAGCUUGCAAGGAAGGGAGAGAAGUGGGAGAGCCCCGUCUUUUCGAUCGGUGCUGCCAACAAGAGUUCCGAUAUCCCGGCUGCGCCCAAGGUUGCUCGUAAGCCUCACACCACCAGUGCCACCACGGGUGCUUCCACGGGCGCCACAGGUGUCCGCACAGGCGUGACCAACGGCGCAACGAACGGUGCUACUAACGGCGCUGGCUACCCCGUCCAUGGUGCUACCAAGCCGUUUGACCCGAAUGUGGCGAACCCUGCUGCCGGUCUCACCACAGUCUCGUAGAAGGAGAACGAUGAUGACUACGGCGAUGAUGACGAUGACGGAACUACGACUGUGAAGUUACCCACACCCAUCCAGCCAGCAGGGCCGUCUCGAGCGUCAACGAUAUAUCAAAAUGCAGAAGAAUCCUUUUGAACACGGCUUGUCAGAGGAGCAGAAUUCCUUUUGUCGGAUAUUUUUUUGUGCUUUAUACCCGAUUGCAACCGUGAUUACAUCAUGAUACCCGGCUAAAGGGAAAUCAGCAUUGCGGACACGGACGGACCGUAAUGAUGGGGAGUUCGUCUGUGUUGUUUACGCCUUUCGCUGUUGUUUUCGUUUUCUUUUUCUGCUUUAGAUAGGAAACAAUGUUAGUGUAUGCGAUUUGAC